ACAUACAAUCAAAAUGAUUGCAAAGGUCAAAACCUACAAUUAUAUUUCACAAUUAUUAUGCGAGUCCGUAAUAAAUUGUUUAGUGCACUUUAACUACACCUCCCAUGAUGCAUUGUUUUCAGGAAGUGGAUGCGUCCGAGUUGAAAGUUCAAAACGUCCAACCCAAAUGCUACAACAACAAACAUAUUCAGGACGUUGAUAUUACGUUUGUUUUGGCAUUUUAUUGUAAUAAAUAAAGAUAAAAUGACAGGAAAUAAGGCGAAAGACCUUUUGCAGAUGGACCUGUAUGGUCUACUGGGUAUAGAAGGCACAGCGACGGCGAAAGAGAUCAAGAAAGCCUACCGACAGAAAGCCUUGACAUGCCAUCCAGACAAGAACCCAGACAACCCAAAAGCAGCUGAUCUCUUCCACCAGCUGUCCCAGGCCCUAGAGGUGCUGACUGAUGCUGCUGCCAGGGCUGCUUACGAUAAGAUAUGCGCUGCCAAGAAACAAGCGGAGGAGAGAAACAACAAGCUAGAUGCUAAGAGGAAGAAGAUCAAGCUAGACUUGGAGGCCAGGGAACGCCAAGCUGAGGCACAUAGUGCAGAGCAGUUCGAAAACACCAGAACACUAGAGGAGGAGAUUGCCCGUCUGCGAGAGGAGGGCUCCAGGCAGCUGCAGGAGGAACAGAAGCUGAUCAAAGAACAGAUCCAGAUGGAGAGAGAAGCACAGCUCCACAACACAGGCACAGCAGACUACACAGCUACAGACGCAGCAUUUGGAAGGCAUUCCAAGAGCAAUGUGACCCCCAAAUUAAAAUUGAAGUGGAAGUGUAAAAAAGAGGAUGACACCAACGGCGGCUACUCUCACAACUUUAUUUUUAGCCUUCUAUCAAAGUAUGGCGACGUUUUAAAUGUUCUCAUAUCAAGGAAGAAGAGAGGAAGUGCUGUGGUAGAAUUUGAAACCGUAAAAGCAGCUGAAUUGGCAUAUAAGAACGAGAGUGGCCUUACAGCAAACCCACUGAAGAUCUCUUGGCUUGAGGGACGACCUGAAGUCAUCACCCCAGUGGUGUCGCAGGUUCAGCAAACAUCUGGACAGUACUUCCCACCUAAACAGGGCGCCCUGAGCAGUGAGCGGGACUAUGAGAGCGUGGUGCUGAUGAAUAUGAGACAAGCAUCAGAGAGACAGAGACUCAUAGAGGAGAUGCAGAGAGAGGACGAGGAGGAUGCAGCAUAGUACCAGCCCAGAUCCAGUCUCAGACCGGGAUUCAAUCCAAGGUGUGUUUUCUGUAAGGGUGCGGUGCUUGACAUUUGAAGGUCAUUUCCGUUUGAGCUGACAUCUGCACCCUAUACUGUGAAUGUGAUCUCCGCGCUUCAAUGAACCUUUGAAUGAAUCCUGGCCCCAGACCAGCUCUUCCCAGCCACAACUAAACUACAGUUUACUAUACACCUGAUGCUUUAGUUUCAUAAAGCACAUCUCAUCUGUGUUUAAAAAAAAAAAAAAAAAUCUGUUGAAUAAACGUAUUUUUUAAAGAACGGGUGUGUUUCUGGUUUGUCAUUUACUGAAUUACUACCAGCUACUAUUCUAAUGUAAACUCAACCAGUGUACUUUUUCAUCCAAACCACUUGUAAGAUGAACAGGGGAAGAAGAAUUUUAUACUAACAAGGAAUGUUAUCAUAACAUAUUGCAAAAGACCCCAAAUAAAUGGGCCAUCCAACAUCUAAAUGAUGCAAUCAUGUAAUUUGCAUCUGUCAGUAUCACUUUCUCAAACUGUAAAACGUUAGGGUAAUGAACAAUCUUUGCAGCAAAGAGACUGAGUCGUUUCCCUUUAAUGCAAUUUGAAGUUGUCUUCCAACAGUGUAAACCACAAACCAUGUGAAAAGAAGAUGGGGAAAUUAUGGCUAUUACAUUUUUAACUGUCAAUCAGCCUGGGAUGGGAGUGGUAGUACUGUAGGCAUGUUUUCAAGGGAAUGUUUGUGGGCCCAUGUGAUGAAAUGGGAAUAUACUCGAGGCCCUUUAUUGGUGGUUAUGAUUGUUUGAGUUUUGUAUAUCGAAGGUACUGUACAACUUCAAGGCUGAUACUUGAUCUGAAGACUUUAGUACCACCCUGCACUGAACUUUGACAUUGUAGUUAGCGAGUCCAAAAUAUACCUAUUCUAAGUGCGAUUCACCCUCGUCUCCUCUGUCAAAUCCUGUUUACUGGUUGUGCUACAAUAAAUACAUCUGUUCCUUGAAAGUAUUAUGAAGAGAUAAUCUGAUGACUAGUUGGUCAUCCCAGUGAAAUCAACUGAACUGAAGAUCAAAUGUAAAUCCUGUUUACUGGUUGUGCUACAAUAAAUACAUCUGUUCCUUGAAAUCGUU